ACGCUUGUAUCGUCCGAAUUACAAUGCUCCAUUUAUAAUUAAAAUUUUGACAAUUAGCACGUAUUGAAUGAAAAUUAUUUAUUAGUGAUUUUUUGUACCUAUUUUUCAAUUUAUGUGCAAUUUACAUGCCUGUGAUUAGUAGGUUGUGAGUGAAAUCGCUUAUGUGGUCAGUCACGUACGCUAGUGAGUUUGAAACUAAUGUGAUUGCUGUCGUGACAUUGGCUCAGUACUAUCAGCCCGUUGUAGACGUGUGUUGCGUUAUUAUCAAUAAAAAGUCUUGGCUCAGUUGGAUUUUGUGCGCGGGCGCAUAUAAGCAGUCAUAGGCGCCGGCGCCGAGUGUUAAGGUGUGAAGCGUUCAGCGCAUGUGCGAUGCGAUGCGUGAAAAACUCAGUGAACUGCUGCGUGGGACAGUGCGUGCUCCUACAGACAACGCCGAUAAACUGCACAAUGGAAUUUUGUACACUGAUCAAGGGAGCGCACGCGAAGGCGGAUUGGUGUGGCGCGGGUGCUCCGCAGGCUGCGACGACGCCGAGGACGGCGCGGCGGGAGCGCUCACCGACGGGAACCUCAACCCUGGAGACAAGCUGGAGGGGUCGGACGCAGCUCAGGACGACCCUAUUCACCUCAAGAGACGGGUGGGACUCUUCAGUGGGGUGGCUCUAAUUGUUGGCACUAUGAUUGGCUCGGGAAUUUUCGUCUCGCCCUCUGGGCUUUUGGAGCGUACAGGUUCAGUGGGAAUAAGCUUCAUCAUAUGGAUGGCGUGCGGUCUGCUCUCACUGCUUGGAGCGCUGGCGUAUGCGGAGUUGGGGACAAUGAACACGUCCUCGGGCGCCGAGUACGCCUACUUUAUGGAUGCAUUCGGAGGACCUCCCGCAUUUCUGUUUUCAUGGGUAUCGACAUUGGUGCUGAAACCAUCCCAAAUGGCUAUAAUUUGUCUAAGCUUCGCUAAGUAUGCAGUGGAACCAUUUGUUUCGGAGUGCGAACCACCACACAGCUUAGUGAAGCUCGUAGCAUUAAUUGCAAUUGUAAUGAUUUUAGCAGUUAACUGCUACAGCGUGAACUUGGCAACCAACGUUCAGAACAUUUUUACGGCAGCCAAAUUAGUUGCGAUUGCAAUCAUCGUUUGCGGCGGAGCUUACAAACUGAUAUUAGGUAAUACGCGACAUUUACAGGAGCCCAACUUCGCCAGUAGCACGGCGACUCUGGGCAACAUAGCCACCGCAUUCUACACUGGCCUAUGGGCCUACGACGGUUGGAACAAUCUCAACUAUGUGACUGAGGAAAUAAAAAAUCCAUCCAAGAAUCUUCCAUUGAGUAUAGUAAUCGGCAUUCCGCUGGUGACACUUUGUUAUGCUCUGGUGAACGUGUCAUACUUGGCUGUGAUGUCAGUCAGCGAGAUGGCAGACAGCGAGGCCGUAGCUGUUACUUUUGGAAAUCGCUUGUUGGGUCCUAUGGCAUGGCUUAUGCCACUGGCUGUUACAAUAUCCACGUUUGGUUCCGCUAACGGCACCCUGUUUGUCGCAGGAAGGUUGUGCUUUGCAGCUUCACGAGAAGGCCAUUUGUUAGAUAUUCUGUCGUAUGUUCAUGUGCGUCGUUUUACACCUGCUCCUGGACUGAUAUUCCAUUCCCUGAUAGCAGUGGCGAUGGUACUUUAUGGAACAAUAGAUUCCUUAAUCGACUUCUUUUCAUUCACCGCUUGGAUAUUCUAUGGUGGUGCGAUGCUGGCUCUGAUUGUUAUGAGAUAUACUAAACCACAUGCACCUAGACCGUAUAAGGUGCCAAUAAUUAUCCCAUAUGUCGUUUUACUGGUAUCGGCGUAUUUGGUGGUAGCUCCUAUAGUGGACAAACCUCAGUGGGAAUAUCUGUAUGCCGCCGCGUUUAUAUUAGCUGGAUUAUUGGUCUACUUGCCUUUUGUAAAAUGGGGAUUUACAUUGCCGUUUAUGGAUAAAAUUACAGUCUUUCUUCAAAUGGUGCUGGAAGUGGUACCUACUUCAACAACGUUCGAAUACUGAUGUGAUGAGUCUGCGCUGGACUAUAAAAUAGCAUUUGUGACAAAAUAAUAUUUAAAAUUUCCGGUAUCCUUUGUUAGACUUUUCACUGUUAUUGUUGUUACAUUUUUUAUAACUUUCGCCACCACAUUUUUUUUUUUAUUUACAUGAAUAGAACAUGUAAGUGGCGUUGAAAAAUACAAAUACAUAUAAUGUUAUUAUUUUUGACUGAAUUUUGUUCCUUGUUCUACAAUUCAAAUACAUUGUUUUGCGUAAGCGCUAUUGGAGACAAUUUGUUAUUCGAAUAUGUAAAUGAUUUAUUAAUAGAUGGCAUUAUCGUAACUAAAAUCUGAUAUUAAGAUAUAUAUCACAGACCUACAAAAUUAAGUAAGGUGCAUUUGGGUAAUUAGGAUAUGCUUAUCUAAGAUUACAAGAGUCUUUAAUUUGUCGCAUUCACAACUGAUGAAAUUAUCUUUGAUGCAUAAGGGCAUAUUGUCAUUGGCCGUUAUAGAAAGUAAUUGGAUACGGGACACUCUAUGUUAACUAAAGGAAAUAUAAAAGAAUUAUGAAAAUAGUGGUGUCAUAUGGCAUUGUUGACUAUUCAUAUGCAGAUGAAGAUCAAGAUGCGUAAUCAUAAUAAGUCGUUGUUUUAUCUUGCUAUGUAUACCUUGGUGGAAUUAUCAACCAAUGAAAAUACGCCCUAAAUAUUUUCCUAUAUUUUAAUGUAGACCACUGUUCUUCAAGUAGGUACUAUUCAGCAUUACGUUGUAGCUCCUACUUACAGUCAGUUUAAGUAUAAUCUGUUACAUAACUGCACUAAUAACAAAAAAUUAUCAGAUAAACAAUCUAUUUCCGAGUUAUCGUACAUAAUGUUGGUGUAAAUCUGUAAACUGAAAGUGAGUUCUAGGAAUUUGACUUCAUAUAUAUUUACUUAAGCAUUGCAGAUGUGGCCUGGCAUAUAUGUAUAAGACAUUUAUAAUUUAAUAUUUAAAUAUGGCAAUUCCCAUGUUGAACCUAAUGCACCUUACGAAAUGUUUAAUAAGUAGACGAAAAGAAAUGAUCUGGUUUUAAGUAAAAUGUCUCGAUUGUGGUAUUUACAAUAUUUGUAACUAUAUUUUAAAGCCGUGUGGCAAUAUUUUUGUGAAAAUUAGAUAGUGACGUCAUACUUCAUUUCAUUAGUUUGCACGAAUCAUUCCUAAGGGGAUCAUGCAGAGAGAUAGAUUUCAACUUUCAAGUUUCACCAUGUGUUCUAACAAUUAUAAAAAUAAUGUUACCAAU